AUAAAAUCGGUCCGAGCAAGAGGAGAGGAGCGGGCGGACUGUCCGUCGACCGUCAGCCGUCACUUGCAGUUGGUAAACAAGAAAAAUGAGCCAGCAGUCACGGCUCGCGGUCUCGCCAGGUGAUCGGUGUUAGCGUUGACUGGACGGUGCGAGGAGAGCGUGGGCGACGGCGGCGGGACAGCGACGAGAUGGGCGAAAGCGAGCAGGACGGGCACUUGGAGCGGCAAGGCUCGGUUGAGUCGUACGAGCAGGCCAGAGGGCCAACCUACAACAUACCCAAGGUGUCGGCCCGCACACUGGUCGGCGCCGCCAGCACGGCCAACAUCGGCGCCCUCGAGUGGGGUGCGCAGGGUCUGCUCGCCUACGGUUCCAACUGCUCCGUCGUCGUCCUCGACACCAGGAACAUCCAGCCUGUGCAGACGCUCGAGAAGCACAAGCACCCUGUCCAGAAGAUCUGUUGGGAACCAGGCUCAAUUCAAGGCAAGACUGCCGGCUUGUUCCUCGCCUCGGCCGACUCGCAGGGUCAUAUCAUUGUCUGGGAUGUCCAACAGGGCAAGGCCGCAGGCAUCCUGCAGGAAGGGUCUAAGGCCAUUUUAGAUAUGGCUUGGGUGAAAGGCAACAAUGGAGUGUACUUCUUGGCCGCGUUGCACCAGCCGUGCUCGUUGAUCAUCUGGGACACGUCGUCCAAGGCGAAGCUGUGGAAGAAAAACUACAACGAGACCUUGCUCUCGUUCAGCCUGGAUCCGUUCAACAACUCGAAAUUAGCAUUUUUGUGUCAAGAUUGCAUUUUGUUUGUCGAUGACUUCACGGUGUCGAAGGCUCCGGCGAGCAAUGGCCGCCGCUUCUUCAUCAGCCAGGGCAUAGGCGGACAGGCCAGCGGCGGCCACAACAGUAACGAGAAGAAGUCUGGCGGCGAGGGUCUCAGGAAGUUGGUCAAGGAUCUUGUCAUAGGAGAGGUCAAACCAAAGUCUGAAGAUGUGCCAACUGGCGGAAACAGCGAUUGCCUUCAACUGUGCUAUCACCGCUCUCUCCGCCACCACCUGCUGCUGCUUUUCCCGAAAGAACUGCUCAUUUUGGACCUGCACAUCAACCAAACGGUGUGUGUGGUGCCCUUGGAGAGGACCGCGGCGCCUUUCUUGCAGGUCGUGUCAAGCAGGCAAAGAGACGUGAUUUUCUGUCUGCACGAGUAUGGCAGCAUCGGAGUCAAGACGAGGAAGCGGAACCUGUCCUCGUCCAGGCUUUCCCUCGACCUGUCCAACCUCAGUCAAGAGGGAUUCCAAACGCAGACUGAGCCGGAAAUGAUUUACGACCAAAGAUGCCACAGUGAGGCAGUGCGGCUGACCAAAUCGUCCAAAGUGCUUGGAAUGGCCAUUGACCCUCAGUCCGAAUGCAGAGCUGCUCUGAUAUUGACUAACGGAAAGGUGAUUUUCUUGGACCUGGGCUACACGCCGGUGCAAAUGGGCACUUCCAACUGCCUGUCAAACCUGAUAGAGCCGUACUAUUCACAAAAGGAGAUGUUCAAUGAAGGCAACCUGAAGCUACAAAUCACCGGCCUGUUGCACAGCAUCAGCGGCUCUCUGCAGGCCAUCAGGAUGUGUCCAGCCCUAACCACUAGGAACUGGCAAGAAUAUCAGCCCAUUAUGGCUGGCGGAACCGAGUCAGGCUGCGUCCAAAUUUACAACAUGGCCACUGGGAUCUUGGAAAAGGAGCUUGUCAUCCACUCGUACCCUGUUAGGGGAAUCGAGUGGACCGGUCUGAAGAGCUUUUUGAGUUUCGCAUUUUCAACUCCAGGCUCGUCAGGAAUGGUUCGGAACGAGCUAUUGCUGUCUGACGUGGCCACUGGCGGCUGCACUUGCAUCAGAACCGACGUGGUUGACGAGCCGCCGAUCGACACCCUGAAGGUGUCUCCUUUGAAACAAUACUUCGUUUUGUCCCUCAAGUUCAGCACGUUUGAGCUUUGGGACCUGCGGAAUAUGUGCAUUUUGCGGACAAUGCCUAAGAAGUUUCCUCUGGUCACUGCAUUGGAGUGGUCUCCUAUUCACAACCUGAAAGCCCUGAGGCGCAAAAUGGCGCACCAGGAGGAAAAGGAGCAAGAAGACACGCAAGUACUGUCUCCGACUGCUGCAGAACAAACUCGAAUUGGAGAAUCAUCGUCAGAGAAAAGUCUCAUAGCCAGGGAGCAUUUUGUAUUCACCGAUACUGAUAGUCAAUUGUUUCACUUCUCUGUCGACGGUAAUGUGAUGAAAGAUGGAAUCAAAAUUCCUCCUGAGACGGGAGUGAGUGGCGUUACAUGCAUCGCCUUCAAGAACGACCUGAUCGUGCAGGGCGACUCGGACGGCCUGCUAAACAUUUGGGACUUAAAGGCCCGCUCCUCCAGGAACGUGCACACCUCCAGAGGUUGGGUAAAGAAGAUGCGGUUCGCGCCGGGAAAGGGAAAUCUCAGGUUGCUGCUGCUCUACAAUGACGGAGUCGACAUAAUUGACCUUAAGAAGGCGCAUUAUGAGCGAAUAGCCCAGUUGAAAAGUCCUCGUGAUAUAGUCAAAGUUUCGGACAUCGACUGGGCCGCCUCUGACAAGCCGGUUUUGGCCACUCAGGACGGUUGUCUGCGAGUGAUGGACAUAUCCUUGACGCACUGCAGCUCCCCAAUGGCCGAAUAUUCGUUUGAAAACCCGAUUUACUGUCCUAGUCUUCUUACUCCUCACGCGCUUCUUACGUUACGAACCUCGCUAGCAACCAACCUGUGUACAAUCGAUCAGCUGGACAACCUGCGUGGCUUGACGGACCUGGAAGCCCAAGGUUUGAAGGACCAAAUAGCCCAGCUGUCGGACACCGAGUGCGACAGUUUCAGGCAAAAGUCUUACUGCAAACGAGCUUUAGCAGCUGCCAAGUACUUCGGCUCCGACGAGGAGGUCGAUUUGUGGACCGUUGCUGAUUACUACAUCAAUGUCUACAAACGGACUGGUGUUAUGGAGAGAAGUCCAAGCUUGGACUCACCAGGCUCCACCCUGGACACCAACAGAACUAACGCCCAUCCCGAUAUUGAGCCGCUGGACACUUGCUUUGAUCUUAUCUGCGAUAACUAUUCCUUCCAGAAACUGCAACUCGAAAGAGCAGCAUUUCACGAAUCAAAAAGGGGUGAUUACGAACACACUAAAAAGGUCAUCGAGCGCCUCAUCCUGCUCGGACAGACUGACAGAGCGGUCCAGCUACUUUUGGAGACGGAACUCGAGAAUCCUGCCUACUACACUGACGCCAUCAAAGCUUGCCUGGUUUCCACGAUACAAUCAACAGGGGCGGCUCAGAGCACUAUCAAACUCGUGGCAACCAACUUAAUCGCAAAUGGAAACAUUGGUGAAGGCGUGCAAUUGCUGUGUUUGAUCGGCAAAGGCCUCGACGCCUGCAGAUACCUGACGUCAUACGCCCUUUGGGAAAGGGCUGCCUGGCUUGCCAAGUCUGUCCUGCCCCAGGGAGAGAUGGCUGAGGUGCUGAAAAAGUGGGCUGAACAUCUUGGAGCUAAUGGAAACAGAAUGCAAGCUGCAUUGGUUUUCCUUUCGCUGGGGCGGUUCACGCAGUGCGCGGAGCUGCUGGUGUCCAAGGGCCUCCCGGCGCAAGCGUGGAUCCUGCUGGCCGCCUGCAAAGAGGGUGGCUUGACAGUGGAGCCACCAAGGGGUCUGUUUGAGGAGCUGAGUCAAUUGUUUGAGGGCAACCAGCGUCUGCUUACGCUUUUCUCCCCAGAUUGACCUGCCCACUGUAAAAUCAAAAGCAAUAUUUUCAGUUUUAACCGAGAAUUUUUAAAAGUGCUUAAGUUCUGUGUUGGAUAAUUGUUCUAGUUUAUUUCCUUGUUUUUCUAGUGUUGUCAUUGUCAUAUACCCGACUCUAGGUAUUAAGGUGAGUGAGUUCUUAAGUAAGGGUGACCGAAACCAUAUAAAUAAUGUAACUGCUGUAUUUAAUGGUGCAAUUUGUUAGCCUCGAAAUGUGUAUUACAUAUUAUAAAAACUAUAUUGUAUGCAAAUACAGAUUUAUAUAUUUUAAAGCCAUAAAUAA